AAUUUCUCGAUGGAUUGGUUUCAAGCAUCGUUUUGCGAUUUGAGUUUUAUCUCGAGAGCACUCUGGAUACUUUCGCAUUGAGCAGACGUUUCCUGGACAAAAUGCCCCAACAAUUCCUAUUUUUCACGUCGCGAAACCGCAAGCAACCAAGAGACCUGCAGGGCGUCUCAGGGAGAGCUUAGGGAGCUCGACAGUCUUGGAUAGUUUCGGACGUAAAGUCAAGGCACCAGCAUGGUUGAAUAAGCACUAUAACAGCCCACGCCGUAUGAGCAAGCACAUUCCCAGAACUUUAAAAGCACAUCCGAAAGUCGAGAAAUUUUCACAAUUGAAUCUGUUUGGUUGUCAAAAACGCAAUGCCCAUAGUCAACAGAGUCGUCAAGCUCGUUGGAGCAGGAAUAGGCGUCGCGCGUGAAUCAUACCUUACACACCAGGAGAACAAGGCUCGCGCGGUUGGCUCGAAUAGUGGCAACACUGCUGAGGCAAGCUCGUCAUCACCACGACAAUCACACCCCGAGGACAUAUCACAUGAGACGCCACCAGCAUAUGUCGAGACUAGCGAAGAACAUGCUCAGCAGCUCAUCGACGCCGGCAAAGCAGAGCCCGUGGACGACAGCGACUCCGACUCGGUAGACGAAUUGGAAGAGCAAUGGCGACUGGACGAGGCAGCUGAGGCGAUUGAUCCUCCAGCAUACGAGGACCAAGAAGCCGGUGAAGAUGGAAGCAAGCUCGUUGCAGAAGUUCUCCGCAUCGCACCAUCACUCUCAACAAGAAGGUUGGCUCUCCCUGUGCCUGUAGUGAUUCCGCAACGUCGGCCGCGAACCAAAUCCAGAGGCUUUGUCCGCGCAUACGCGCCAAUCUUGAACGACUGCGCCAUUGAUGAAAACACCUUUCUCAUGUUCUUGAAGAACUUUCACCUCGCAAGCCAAGCCUCCAAGGGAUUGAUGGUUGUCUUUCUAGCUUCGACCGUUGCAGGCUUCGUGCCGGAGAUGAUCACGCAGAUUGUCUCCACCGCUGUUCAGGUCAGUGCUGGAGCAGCGAUCGAGGUUCAGCGACGGUAUCGCGCGAAUACCUUCCUUGACGAAAUGAACGAAAAGCUGUUCAAGCCACGUGGACUAUUCGCUCUCGUCGUGGCUUACAAGCCCGAUGCUCAAAAGGCAGUCGAACUAGGCGAUUUCGAUCCUGCAGCUAGCAUUGCGAGGUAUCACAAGCCAAGCGGCUCAGCGUGGAAGGACAAAGCUAGCAAGCUGCGCAGCACAAGUGGAACAAACUCCGGCGAACUUGACAUCGGUGACGUAGCCCCACUGGUGUAUCCAUCCAUCGAGGACGCAAGCAAAUGCGAGACAGAGCAGCAGAAGAGCAAGUGGAAAAAUUCGAGAGCUUUAUGGGAGAUUACGGAGACAGACGAGCGCAGGCUAAAUAUCAAAAAGAAAACCCCAACAGCGCUCUGGCCGGCCAGCCUGUUCACUUCAAAUCUCGCUUUGCGGAUCCAAAUCAUCCGGCCAACAGCGGUAGCAUCAUCUCGCUCAUCACGGGCGGUGCGGUGAACCCUCAUGAGGGAAGACAGCAAAGGCGGCAAGCAAGACGGGAACUGCGAGCCCUGCGAAGGGGAAGGCCUGUCAAGCAACGCGGGCAAGGCGGGAUCAUAAGGAAGGCGCUGCAAGAGAACGUAGCUUAUCUUCUUAUCGUGAACAUGCCCAGCGAGCAGGAGCUGGCGGAGGCGAGUGCGAGGGCGUCUGCUGCUGCCCUGAAGCUACACUGAUUUUUGCCGCCGGUUUUCUGCAAUGAUGGUCUACGUUAGAAUUGAAUCAGGAAAUAGAUCUAAAUAUUCGGGCCCGUCAUGACGAAGGCCGGAUGCAUCG